AUGAAGGUCGAGUACGGUUCCGGGGCGAGCGGAGCAGCCCGUUUCAUGACGCGAAGUUGGCCCUUCAACCACAUCUCAGAGAAUCAAAGAGUCCAACCCGUUCCCAAUGCCACCUUAACUCCAGUGGUGGUCAGUCGAGGCGACACACUCAUAACCCGGCUCAAUAUCGCAAUUCACAAAAUGAAUACAAAUGGACCAGAACCUUCUUCUCAUGAAUCCUCCCAGCCGGAAUGCAAUUCCAGUACUCUUGCAUCUUCCGUCUCAAACAUGUGUGCUGGAGGGUCACACGCUCUUUCGAGGCUUAACCGGACCAACUACAAUGCUGUGGCUAGUGAGGUCACGUUUUUAGAACCGUCUACGGAACAUUCGUCGAGCGUGGCGCAGCAGCGCAAAACCUCCUCGUCAAUCGAUCCUCCAGAGGGUAUAGCUCAUGAGAUAAGUUCGAUGCUUCAAUCGAAGCCAUGUAUUUUCAACCCACUCCCACAAAAUUCCCUCCACUCCUAUUACCAGAUUUUGCUACUGGAGAGCGUGAAGACUACCGUCAAUGAGGCUCGGGAAGAGGAAUUGGAUGGGCUUGAGAGCUAUUCAUGCUGCAUUGGAGAACCGGGUUGCUUUUCACAAGCCUCUUCCCCCAAGACUACGCUUGGCAGCAGCAUAAUUGAAAAUUUCGAUCUCCCUGAGGGAUAUACUAUGAAUGAAGGGUUAAGUGGUGAGCUCCCUUUAACAUUUUCUUUGGACUUAAAAGCUUCGCAUCUUAUCGAUGAUGCGGUGAGACUGAGCUCGUUUAAUUUGCCUUGGACAAACUCCAUUUUCAAAGUACCGCCCUUAAGGUAA